GAGUUUUCAUUGGAGGAAAUAGUGAUCAGCCUUUAACAACCUUCCUCCUCUUCUUCUUCUCUUUCUGGGGUCUUUUAAGCAGCUUUUCUUAGCAUGUAGCUGUAAACCCUACCUCUCCCAAAACUUUGUUUGUCAACCAGGGAGGGAAAUAAAGUAGGAGAGCACACAUAUAAGUUUACAACAACAAAGGUGAAUGUUAAGAGAGAGAGAGAAGUUGAAUAGGAACAAAUGGCGUUAGACACAGUGGUUUACUCCCGAGACUCCUUUGUUUAUGGACCCAAAGAGUUGUCAACAAUGGGUGGAGCUUCUGGUUGGGUUUAUGACUUUGGUUUCCAAGAAGAAGACGAUGAUCUUGCUGGAAUCACACCCAACAAUAUUGAACAAGGUGUACCAGUAAAUUACUGGGACUACUCAUCAUCUUCAAUGAUGCAGAACACUUCGCCUGAGGCUUGCACUGGUGAUCCGCUAUUUGGGGACGGGUCGCGGCGGUCGCCGGUGAUGGAAGGGAUGGUGAUGACUUCAGGUCGGCGGAAGAGGCGUCGAACCAAAACUUGCAAGAACAAAGAAGAAUUGGAGAACCAGAGGAUGACUCACAUUGCAGUUGAGCGCAACCGUCGCAAGCAGAUGAACCAGUACCUCGCCGUUAUUCGAUCUCUGCUGCCGGACUCUUAUGUUCAAAGGAGUGACCAAGCAUCAAUAAUCGGGGGAGCCAUUAAUUUUGUCAAGGAGCUCGAGCAGAAACUUCAAACCCUAGAGGCCCAAAAGCAAAUUUCUCAGCAACCCAACAAUGGUGUCUCUUCAAUUUUUGCCGAUUUCUUUACCUUCCCACAGUACUCAACACGACAUCACCGGAACCAUUCAUCUACGGUGGCCGAUAAGCAAUUGGUGGAGAACCGGCCGGCUUUAGCUGACAUUGAAGUGAUCUUGGUGGAGAGCCAUGCUAACCUCAAGAUACUCUCAAAGAGAAGACCCAAGCAGCUCUUAAAGUUAGUGACUGGGCUUCAAUGUCUCUGCCUCACUAUUCUCCACCUCAACGUUACAACGAUGGAUCAAAAGGUUUUGUACUCACUCAAUGUUAAGCUUCAAGAUGGGUGCCUACUGACUACAGUAGAUGAAAUUGCUGAUGCUGUUAACCACCUUCUGUGCACAAUUCAAGAAGAAGCUUGUUUGAGCUGAAACCCCAAGUUUUUUAUGGGCGUGUGUGUCUUGAGUUUAUCUUUCUCUGAAUGUUCUUGUUCAUUGUGUACACCAUUUUGGUAUUCUAAGCUAGUUCUUGUAGCAAGUUGGAUGUGACGCAAUAAUGAAAUCUGUAAGUCCCGAGGAAAAUUUUAUUAUGUCCCCUAAAAAAUAUAAAAAUUUUCAAUUUAUC